AUGAUCUUGACCACCACAUUCGUGUGCUUCUGCCUGGCCUCGGCCUUCAAUUAUUUCAGGACCCGUAGGCAGAGGUCGCUGAUCAAGAAUCUCAAAGGACCCUUCACCUGGCCGCUGAUGGGGGCAAUGCACAAGCUGUUGUUCCUGAAGCCAAAAAAUUUCUUUAAGCGCAGCACCGAAUAUUUGGCUAAAUAUGGUUCCUUCAGCCGUUGUUGGGUCUUCCAUCGCCUGUUUAUUGCACUGGCUGAUCUGGAGCUCAGCAGACAGCUUCUGGAAAGCGAAUCGCAUCUGGAAACGGGCUACGAACUGAUGAAGGAUUGGCUGGGAGGAGGUGUUCUUAUGUGUCAGCCGGAUCAGUGGCAAAGGCGACAUUGUCUAAUCAGUGGGCUCUUUGACAAGGGAAACUCCGAACAGCUGAUGAAAUUAUGUCGCCAGCAAACGGAGAAACUGCAACAAAAGUUGGUGGAACGAGCGGAUCAAAAAGUGUUUGAUGUCUGGGAAAUAAUAUCUCGCAAUGUGUUGGAGUUAAUAGUUACGACCACUUGUGGUGCAAAACCCACGGAGGAAUAUUCCAAGAACCUCGGAGAAUUGUCGGAGCUUUAUAGAAAACGUUUUCUCAGCCUGCAGUCUGCCAACAGAUUCAACUAUUGGCUCAGUUCUCCUUUUAUGAGAAGACAUCAGAACCGUUUGAUAAAAAGACUGAACGAGGAACACAAGGAUCUCAUAGCCAGUCACCAAAAGCAAGAGAACUUAAAGAUGGGUGAUGGUUUUCCUGGCAUGGAUCAUAUAAAAGCACUACCUCUGAAGUAUCAUGAAUCCCUGUUGCAAAUUCUUCUGGAAAGCAAAGAUCCAAGUCUUACAGUUGAAGAAAUCUACGGGGAGCUGAAUACGUGUAAUUACUUGGGUUACCUCCUCUGUAGUUCAGCACUCUGCUUCACCCUCGUCACUAUUGCAAGAAAUCCAUCGGUGCAACAAAGGUGUUUGGAAGAAUUAAAGCUAGCUCAGAUCAAGGAUCAAGGAUGGAACUUGGAAAAACUUCCUUAUCUAGAAGCUGUCCUGCAGGAAACCAUGAGACUUUACCCGCCACAAGUCAUUGUUGGCCGGCAGCUCAAGAACGAUUUUCCCUACACACACAGUAUUGUAGGAGAUGGAGUUUUACCCUUCGGCUCAGAGAUCUAUAUAAAUCUCCACGAACUGCAGCGAAAUGAAAAUCGUUAUCCGAAAGCUAAUCACUUUAAAGCGGAUCGAUUUUUAGACUCUCCUCCGGAACUCCUGAGUUUUAGUCUUGGGCCGCGUUGCUGUCCAGCUAGAAAAUUUAGUAUAAACCUACUUAAAACCUUUCUGGCCCCUAUUUUAACCGACUUCGAACUAUUACCCUAUGGCGAUGAGCUGCGCUUGGACUUGCGACUAAUUUUGGGAUCAUCCAAUGGAUUUCAGUUGGCUUUGAAGCCGCGGUAA